CGGAUCCGGUUCCUUUGCCUAGAGAAGGGGAGGUCGGUGAAACCUGGCGCCGGCUCUGUCGGAGCGACUUGUUGUCAACACCCACCCAGCAGGUCUCUUCUCAGAAUCAUGAUUUCUGAAAGUGGCUCCUUCGUGAAGGGCAUGUUGCUCGGAGGAAUAUUCUGCGUCUUGGUGACUCUUCUAGGACAUAUUAAGGUGGGUCACAGCACCAAAUCUCACGAACACCGUCACCUCCAGGCUCCCAAAAAGGAGGACAUCUUAAAUCUCUCCAACGACGAGCGCCUGGAACUGAGUCAUAGCAUUCGUGUCUAUUGCAUCAUCCUUGUCAAACCAAAAGACCUGGCGCACUGGGCAGCUGUAAAAGAGACAUGGAGCAAGCACUGUGACAAGGCCGAAUUCUACAGCUCCGAGAAAGUCAGAGUUUUUGACUCUCUCGUCCUCAACACCGACGACAUGUGGACAAUGAUGAGGAAAGCGUACAAAUUCGCCUAUGAAAACUACAAAGACGACUACAACUGGUUCUUUCUGGCCCAUCCCACCACGUUCGCCAUUAUCGAGAAUCUGAAAUAUUUCUUGCUGAGACAAGACUCGUCCCAGCCGUUCUACACGGGCCGUACGGAGACAUCUGGAGACCUGCAGUACGUGAACGGGGACGGAGGGAUCGUCCUGAGCAUUGAGUCGCUACGGCGGCUUUACAAAGUUUUUGAGGAUCCAGAUAAGUGUCCCGAACAGGGAGGCAUGAUUUGGAAACUCUCUGAAGACAAACAGCUGGCUGUCUGCUUGAAGUAUAGCGGGGUGCAUGCAGAAAACGCAGAGGAUUCUGAAAAAAAGGACAUUUUCAACACCAAGCCGGUGGGCUCCCUCAUUAAAGAGGCCAUGUUGAGCCAUCCCCAGGAGGUGGUAGAAGGUUGUUGUUCAGAUAUGGCCAUUACCUUCAGUGGGUUGGCUCCGAAUCACAUGCAUGUCAUGAUGUAUGGUGUUUACAGGCUGAGAGCGUAUGGGCACAGCUUUAACGACGCCUUGGUUUUCCUACCUCCUCCUGGCUCCAAUAACGACUGAAGAUUGUCACACAGCAGCUUGUAUGUAAAGCGUGUAGUCUUAAUGUAUAGAGUGCCCUUCAGCAAAACAGCAUGUACACACGCUGGUACAAUUAUUAUUUUUUGUAUUUGAUGGUCUUGAUGUAAUGACUUUUUUGCACAACCUGCUUUUGUAAUCUUUACAAGUGGUGACGGGGGUCCUCUUUUUUAAAAAACAAACAAUCCCUUUUUUUAAUGAAUUUUGAGCAUCAUCUGAAAAACUGUUCAAGGCUCCAUUGUCAACAAAAAUGUGUAGCGGGUAUGUAAAUAUUUAAAAUCAAAGAUUAUCCUUAAUCUACUGUAAAUUAAAUCUAUUUUUGCAGUUU